UGCUCACCUGUCUUCACAGACGACAACAAAACCCAUGAUUUUUAAGGAACUUGGAGGAGGGAAGAGAAAGUUAACGUAGAAAUGUAAAAGACAACGGGAGGGACGCAAUUAUAUAUUUUGCUGCAUGUAAAGAAAUAGAAUAAAAAGUGUAGCUUGGAAAGAGGGCAAGUCACUUUGUUUGCGGCAUUCGACCAACACAGUCAACCAGGUAGUGGCGGUUCUUUCAUCGUCACUGAAAUCAUCACCCGUGACGGGUUGGCUCUAGUGAACAUGUCAGGCAGUACUUUGCGUUACGGAGACAAAGUUGUCAUUGUGACCGGCGGGUCCAAAGGGAUUGGUAGAGGGAUUGUCAAAGUAUUCGUGGAGAAUGGUGCCAAAGUUGUAUUCUGUGCAAGAGGGGUGGCAGCAGGACAGGCUCUAGAGGCUGAGCUGAACAGGGCAGGACCAGGUUCAUGCAAAUUUGUACCUUGUGACAUCUCCAAAGAGGAGGACAUCAAGAGGUUGAUUUCAGUGACAGUGGAGCAUUAUGGUCAAAUAGACUGUCUGGUCAACAAUGCUGGGUGGCACCCACCUCAUAAACCCACAGAUGACACUACUGCAGAUGAGUUCAGAGAUCUUUUGAAUCUUAACCUCAUCAGUUACUUCCUGGCCUCCAAAUAUGCCCUGCCCCACCUGCGACAGCGCCAGGGGAACAUCAUUAACUUGUCCAGUCUGGUGGGCUCCAUUGGUCAGAAAAAUGCAGCACCAUAUGUAGCCACUAAGGGGGCAAUCAUUGCCAUGACAAAAGCCAUGGCUGUGGAUGAGAGUCGAUAUCAAGUGAGAGUCAACUGCAUUUCCCCUGGUAAUGUGAUGACACCUCUGUGGGAGGAGCUGGCUGGACAGACUGCAGAUACCUUAGCCACCAUUAAAGAAGGAGAGAACGCUCAGGCACUUCAUGGACGGUUCAUUCAAGCCAUCCCCUACUCUAUGGGGUCGUUGCGGUUUGCCAGCUCAUUCAAGGCCGCAGACCUCACUAUCGAGCGCAACACUGCAGGGAAGCCCAAGCCAGACCCCGCCUCCCUGGUGUUUGGCAAGCAGUUUUCAGACCACAUGCUGACCAUCUAUUGGUCAGAGAAAGAGGGCUGGAAGGUUCCCCAGAUCAAGCCCUUUCAGAACCUGUCGCUGCACCCUGCCACCUCUGCCCUGCACUACUCCAUAGAGCUGUUUGAGGGCAUGAAGGCGUUCAGAGGGGUGGACAACCACAUCCGUCUGUUCAGACCCAACCUGAACAUGGAGAGGAUGCACCGCACUGCUGACCGCAGCUGUCUCCCUUUGUUUGAUAAGGUGGAGCUGUUGGAGUGCAUCAGGAAGCUGGUGGAGGUGGACCAGGACUGGGUCCCCUACUCCCUAGACGCCAGCCUCUACAUCAGACCCACCUACAUUGGGAUUGAGCCUUCCCUGGGUGUGUCGAGGGCCAGCCAAGCCCUACUAUUUUGCAUCGUGGGUCCUGUAGGGCCCUACUUUACCACAGGGGCCUUCAGCCCAGUCUCUCUGCUGGCAGACCCAAGCUAUGUCAGGGCCUGGAGAGGGGGGGUCGGAGCCUACAAGAUGGGGGGUAACUAUGGGCCUACUAUAUCAGUGCAGAAUGAGGCCAUAAAGCAGGGCUGUCAGCAGGUCCUGUGGCUGUAUGGAGAGCAGGAGGAGAUCACAGAGGUCGGCACCAUGAACCUCUUCAUCUACUGGACGAAUGAGGGAGGAGAGAGAGAGUUGCUGACUCCUCCUCUAGAUGGCAUCAUUCUCCCAGGAGUCACCAGGCAGUCUCUGCUAGACCUGGCCAGAGAAUGGGGAGAGUUCAAAGUGACAGAGCGCACCAUGGGCAUGAAGGAGCUGCUCGGUGCUCUGGACUCAGGCAGGAUUAUGGAGGUGUUUGGUGCCGGGACGGCCUGUGUGGUCUGUCCCGUCGGCAGCCUGCUCUACAAAGGAAAGACCUACCAAAUUCCUACAAUGCAGAAUGGUCCAGACCUGGCCAAGCGAUUCCACAAAGAGCUGACAGACAUGCAGUAUGGCCGGAAACAGAGUGAAUGGGCACCACUGGUCGUUUAAUUGGCAGUUUGCACAUGCCAAUCAUAUCGCGACCAGUCCCCCGCUCCAUCUUCAAGACCAGCAGCUUCAGCACAACCCAUAAUGCACUCCUUCUGAUAGGCUGGCAGACCGGCCAGGUCACAUCUGUUACUCUUGGUGUUUCUGCGGGGACUUGUAAAGGGAUAGGGUUAUUCUGUCAUUCAAAUGUUGCAACUUGCAUGGAAUACCGACAGUUACACAAUACUGUAUAAGUAAUGCUGUGAAACGGCCGCAGCCUCGGUUCAACCAACCUAGUCUAGUCUGUAUUAGGAACAAAGUCAGUCUUCUUCCUAUUCAGUCCUUUAUCAUACUGUAGCACAGGUUACAGAAGAAAUCGUCCUCCAAGCUUUUUAAUAAACACUACAUGAGAUGGUCUUUAGUGUUGUCCAUGCUAUUGGACACACUGAUGUAUUGUUGAAAUAGUUUAAAUAUGCAAUACGCACAACUAUUGUAGGGGAUUACUGGUAAGUUAGUGGUCAUUUGCUAUAUGGGAAUAACGUUUUACAGGUACUUAAUAGGAACAAUUGAAUCUGUUAGCCAUUUUCACUGGCUGACAUCAUAAGAAAUGUGUUGACUGUAGGAAUGGAUCAGAUCAAAACCACGUCAUAUGAUUUGUUACUUUCUAAAUGUCACUAUAUAACCUGAGGAAGUAGAAUAUGAUUUAAAAUACUUUUUGUUGUUGUAGAACCUAUGUAUAUCAGGCCAGGAAUACAAAUGGUUAUACAUACCAUAUUGACACCAGAGGUGCUUUUCAACAAUUUCCUAGAGCUUAGUUUGAUUUAAGUCAAGUGUGCAUGUGUGUGACUGAGCAGAAGAAAGUCAGUCAAGUGAUCGCGUGUCUUUCUGGAUUGGAAAGAUGCCACUAAGAAAGUGAUGUUGAAAAGAUUGAGAUUAAAAUGGAGAGGUCCAAGUGAACUCAAGCAUACACAAAGAGGUUAGCUAUAGCUACAUGAUAUACUUAAGCAAUAAGGCCCGAGGUAUAUGGCCAAUAUACCAUGGCUAAGGGCUGUUCAUAUGCGCAACGCGGAGUGCCUGGAUUCAGCCCGUAGUCGUGAUAUAUUGGCCAUAUACCACAAACCCCUUUGAUGUCUUAUUAAGCAAUAAGGCACGAGGAAGUGUGUUAUAUGGCCAAUAUAUCCCAGCUCAGGGCUGUUCUUAUGCACGACGCAUCGCGGAGUGCCUGGACUCAACCCUAAGCCGUGGUAUAAUGACCAUAUACCACAACCCCGAGGUGCCGUAUUGCUAUUAUAAACUGGUUACCAACUUAAUUAGAGCAGUAAAAAUACAUGUUUUGUCAUAUCCGUGGUAUACGGUCUGAUAAACCACGGCUGUUAGCCAACCAGUUUAUAAUGUAGACUUCAGAGUACGAGAGAGUCCACAUUCAAUAGAUGCUAUAGACUGUCUGACUUCUGCACUAGGUUGUGUGUAAUCAUUAUGUAAACUUAAAGUAACAAUGAGUAGUUAUUUUUUUGUCUGUGGGUUUUUCUUGUCAAUUGGAACAACCGUCUUCCCAAUUAUUAACUGUAUAUCCAGGUUUAUGUCCUCACCCUGCUGCUUUCCUUUCUAUUAAUGUAUUUGCCUCUUUCAUAUCGCUUGGUUUUCUCCAUUCCUCCCUAAGUGCCUGAUCUAACUUGUUUUUAGUGGUUGCACUAGGCUAUCCUGCUGGAUCUUUGUGUUUUUGUUGUGGGACAUUGUUAAUAGAUUUUUACAAUAAACUCCAUCUGUGUUCCA